CAUUAAAUUAGGGCACAGCGCGCAUCUUCUUCUUUAGAUUUCAAGGCCAGCGAAAACAAAGUACCGAAAGAACUCAACGGUUAGAGCUGAAAGGAAAAACAAAAAAAAUAAAGUUAGGGUUUUUGUUAAGGAAAAAAAUCAUUCAAAGCUCCCUCUUCUUCUUCCUCCGUGGUUAUUUAGCUCGAGUUUGCGUGCUCCUAAUACGAUAGUUGAACGAUUAAACUGGCUGUUGUUUUUUUGGGCCAGUAUCAGUAUCAAAAUUUCAAGAAAUUCAUUGCUUCGUUUUGCCUUGCAAGCUUCUUUUGUUAGAUACAUAAGAUGCCGAGAUCAAGGGCAAGUGGUGCAUCUGCUGAUGAACCAGAUGUGCCUGAAAAGUCUGCCGAGCAUGAAGAGCAGGUUGACCUUGAUGGUGACAAUGAAGGCGAGGAGACAAUGGAAGAAGAAGUCGAGUAUGAAGAAGUAGAGGAAGAGGAGGAAGUGGAAGAGAUAGAGGAAGAGGUGGAAGAGGAGGUAGAGGAGGAAGAAAAUGAAGAGGCUUCUGAUGAAGCAGAUUCGCCAAAGGGCUCAGAUGGUGAUGAGGAGGAAGAUGAGCAUAGAAAACAUUCUGAGCUUCUUGCACUUCCUCCUCAUGGGUCAGAGGUGUAUCUCGGUGGCAUCCCCCCUGAUGCUUCUGAAGAGGAUUUGAAAGAAUUUUGUGAAUCUAUAGGAGAAGUAACGGAGAUAAGGAUAAUGAAGGGAAAAGACUCAAGCGAGUCAAAAGGUUAUGCUUUUGUGACUUUCAGAACAAAGGAGUUGGCUUCGAAGGCCAUUGAAGAGCUGAACAAUACUGAAUUUAAGGGUAAAAAGGUUAAGUGUUCGACAUCUCAAGCAAAUCAUAGAUUGUUUAUUGGAAAUGUUCCAAGAAACUGGGGAGAAGAAGAUAUGAAGAAGGCUGUAAAAAAGACUGGGCCAGGAGUUAAUUCAGUGGAAUUGCUGAAGGAUCCACAGAACCCAAGCCGUAAUCGUGGAUUUGCUUUCAUCGAGUAUUAUAAUCAUGCAUGUGCAGAAUACUCAAGAAAAAUGAUGUCAAGCCCAGAAUUCAAGCUAGAUGAUAAUGCUCCAACUGUGAGCUGGGCGGAUCCCAAAAAUGCAGGAUCUUCUGCUGCUUCUCAGGUCAAGGCAGUGUAUGUCAAGAACUUACCAGAAGAUAUUAAUCAGGAUCGUCUAAGGCAGCUGUUUGAGCAUCAUGGAAAAGUCACAAAAGUAGUUCUGCCACCUGCAAAACCAGGACAUGAAAAGAGCAGAUUUGGUUUUGUGCAUUUUGCAGAGAGGUCAAGUGCCAUGAAGGCAUUAAAGAACACUGAGAAAUAUAAAAUUGAUGGUCAAGUUUUGGAUUGUUCCCUUGCAAAGCCUCAAGCAGAUCUGAAGUCUUCUGGAGGGCCAAAUUCACAGAAGUCAUCCCCACAUUCAAGCUUCCCACCUCGUGUUGGUUACAGUUUAGUUGGGAGUUCAUAUGGUGCUCUUGGUGCAGGAUUUGGUGCUGCUGGCUUUGCACAGACCAUGCAGCCAGUCAUCUAUGGUAGGGGACCGACUCCUGCUGGCAUGUCAAUGAUGCCAAUGCUUUUGCCUGAUGGAAGGAUUGGAUAUGUCCUCCAACAGCCUGGAAUGCAAAUGCACAGCCCUCCACCACAGCCCUGGGGUGGCAGGGGUAGUGGUGCUGGUAGCUCAAGUGGUGGGAGACGUAAUGAUGGCGGCCGUGGACGCAGCCGAUAUAACCCAUACUAAUUUUAGCAGUGGAAAUGCGAAGGGGAAAAGGAAAUUUUUACUGUUUGACAUUGAUUACUUGGAUGAUGAGAAAAGCUUUGUAACAUCUCAAACAAGCAAGAAAAUUAACUUCGUUUAGUGGAAAUGGGCCUAUAUUUUCGAAAACUCCAUUUACUAGCUCUUUUUUAUUUUUUUUUAUUUUUUUUAUAAAGGGUGGACAAUCAGAUUUUUGAGCAUGUUGGUUCAUUGUUUGUUUUUGCUUCAGGUCACAGGGUAGUCCUGAGUAGUGUAGGUUGCUUUAUGUAUACUGACAGCUUAUUUAAGUCUACGUACACUGAAAACAGCUUGUAGUACAUCAUGAAUUUUUGGAUGAAGCAACGUCAUCUCGUUAACCUUGCA